CAUCGAUCAGAUCAAUUUAUUGAUCCCCUGUACGUGCAUCUGGCUGCUAGGGCGCUUGCCGCCGCCGCCGUCGCUCGCCACGACGCCAUCUACAGCUAGGCGCCGGGAGGCCACCCUUUCGAUACAAGCAGAUCGCCGCCGCCUGCAUGCGCUAGGGCAUUGGAGCAUUGCCAUCAGCUGUGUCAAGGAAGAUUUGGCGGUUCGUUGAGUCUAUAGCUAGCGUCAACCGUUGACACAAGCUCGUCCCAAUGAAGCAGUUGUCGCUUGUUGGCCCUUAAGAUGAGUGAUGAACAUCCGUUGAGCCGUCUAAUGUUGCCUUUGGCAACUACACGAGAGGUGCCAAAGGCAUCCAAUCCAACUCAGGUGGAGGCCAAGGAGGUUCAGCUCUCCGACAUUGCACCAAUAAUGCUGGAUGAUACCGACGUGAAGACUAAAAUAGAUGACAUCGAUGAACUGGACAUUGCAGAGGAUUUUGAUAACCGGCCUUCCAAAAAGGCAAAAAUUUCUGAAUCACGUGUACUGGAACCAUCACCUAUGUCACCAACUAUGAAAACAUCUUCUCCAGGUUCAGAGUGUUUUGAAUCGUUUGUGCCGGAAUCAGAUAAUCAGAUGAAUCAUGAUACACUACCAUCACCUCCAUCCCCAUCUAGCUCGACAAUAUCUCCUGUUUUCCCAUUGCAUGAUAUUAAGGAACCAAAUUCACAUAAAGAGAUCAAAGUUGGUGAGACAUAUGAUUAUCUCCCACAAGACUAUACAUUGACCGACCAUGAUCUAUGUGCUCAUAUAGCAAUAGAAUCAUCUUUGAGAAAACAAUUGCUGGUUCAGAUAGAUGGAAGUUCUGUCUUGCAACAUCAAUUGAUGUGCCUGCUAGAUGAGAAAGAGUGGGUAAAUGAUGAUGUGAUCAAUGCCUAUAUAUGUUGUAUAAAGGACCAAAUACAUCUCCAGAAUGAUAAUAAAGUAUAUUUUGAGAGUCCAUUUGUUACCUCACUAUUUAAACGAGAUGGCACCAUUGGAAUACAAGAAGGUAGUGCCUUCAUGACAGAGAUUGUCCUCGAAUAUAUGCAGCAUGACAUGAUUAAACUUCCAAUAAAUGCCACUAACACACAUUGGUAUUUAGCUGUUGUGAAUACAAAAAGAUGUGAGGUUCAAGUUCUAGACUCAUUGUGCUGGAAUUCUGACAGAGAUGAUCUUGCUAAUACGCUACGAGGAAUACAAUUUCAUUUGGACCUUCUUAAAAGUCAAAAGUUGGUAAGCGACGAUUGGAAAGACGUUGAUCUUACUGAAUGGAAGAUCACAGAACAAUUACAAAAGGCAAUUCAAAAAGAUAGUUCUUCAUGUGGUUUAUUUGUGGUUAAAUUUAUGGAAUAUUUCACCGGAUGUGCACUAUCCUACCCAAUUACACAGGAAAUGAUUACUUCUUUUAGGUUUAAGUUAGCCAGCAUACUAUUAUGUUGGAAAACAAACACUGCAGCAAUGACUACAAUCGUUGAAGAAAGUAACGAUGACAGCAAGGGAGAUCCUGAUGAUGUUCAAAUAUUGGAAAGUUUAGAUGAUAUAGAAAAAACAAAAACAAAAAUCCCAUUAUCUGUUGAAAAUAAAUACAGAUCACUAAUAUCAAUUCUUUCUAAUAUGACCUUACAUGAGUUAACAGCUGGACUCUGUAGCUUCAUUAAAUCAAUUAAUUACACCGAGAUUUUAGAGAAAGUAUGGAUCCGAAGUUCAAAACCAUAUCCAAUUAGCUUGUUUCUCAGAAAACUACAAGGAUUGCUAAAGGAUGAUUUACCCAUGGACCGUGAUUGCUUUAAUUUGAUCGUACGGAAGAUUAUGUUGGAUGACAUCCAAACAUCACAAAAAACAAAGCAACUGAUAGCAAAGCAUUAUCUCGACAUGAAAUUUUGGAUGACUACUGAUUUUGGGAGGCACCCAGAUUUUCGUAAAAAGUUAGAUGUGGAGCAACUAGCAAAUUCUGUUCGUAGUUGGCCUGGUAUCAAAUAUAAUGUUUCAACAUGCAAAUCGAUCCAUAUUCCAGUACAAUGCAUUGGUGAAUUCAUUCUAUUCACAUUGGAUCAAGAUACCAGAACAGUGUACAUUUUGGACCCUACUCCUAUUAAUCCAAUGUACCGAUACAACCCACUCGCAAAAUAUGUGAAAAAAAUUAUAUGGAUUUCCGAACAUUUACCGAAAGCAAUGUCAAAAGCAUGCCCUGGGUCUAGAUGGAACGAGGAUAUUCUCUUAUGGCAUCAUAGAAUCCUAGAUGAUAUUCCAGUUUACAACAGGGAAUUGUCUGGUUAUCUUGUUCCCCUAUUCAUGUCCACAUGGGAAGACGAAAGACCACAUUUGCCAUUUUUAAAGGAUGGAUAUGAACUCAGAAAACUAAUUUUGGGCCAACUACUAACAUUCAAGGACAAUGAAUGUGAAGAUAACAUGCCUGCUGGUGUACUGGACUUCAUCAAUUGUAUUAGGAAAAUCCAAAGUUAAACGGGGAGCUCAAUCGGUGGAAGGUAAUUUGUCAGAGAGAUUUCUUGCAGCCAACAGUUAAUAGACAAUGAGCAGGGAGACGAUGAACAUGUAGAGAUGGAUUUUUUUCCUUUGAGAAAUUAAUAGUAGAUUUUGGUUUCUACUUAAGAUAUCCGUUACAUAUAUGUAGAAAACUUUUGGAGCUUGCCAGGAUAUACAUUUUUGGGGGUUGCCAAUUAUAAGAGAUGACGGAUUGCUUCAAAAUUUGAUGUUUGUGGGUUCAGACAUGACAAUACUGUGGAAAUCACAAAUAGUACAGCA